AGUUAUUUUAUCAAUUUUAUGAGAAAAUGAACGCAUUAGGGCUGAGUAUGAUAAUGAAAAUGGGUUGUAUAUGCACCAGAGAGUCAAUUAACAUCAACGGAACAAAAUAUGUAGUUAACGAACGGCUAGGGGAAGGCGGGUUUUCUUGCGUAGAUUUGGUGGAAAACACGACGACGAAGAAAAAAUAUGCUUUGAAACGAAUUUUAUGUCACAGCAUCGAAGAUCAAAAGCGAGCAAUGCAAGAAAUCACUUACUGUAAAAAACUACGACACCCCAACAUAAUCGAACUUAUAGACAGUACUUUCAAAGGCUCCGCUGAUAUUGUCGUUCAAGCGACAUCAGAGGCGUUUUUGGUGCUGCCGUACUACCGUAGAGGCACAUUGCAUGAUUAUUUAGCCCUACGAUCAUUCAGCAAAAAGUAUAUGGAUAUAAAGGACGUUUUACGAAUUUUCUGUGAUAUAUCGAAGGCUUUAAAGUAUUUACACGAUUUUACCCCCGACCCCGUUGCACAUAGGGAUUUAAAAGUCGCUAAUGUAUGCCUUACGGAGAAUAUGGACCCCAUUUUGAUGGAUUUAGGUUCUUGUGCACCAGCCACAGUUCAAAUAUGUGGGGCACAAGAUGCGCAAAAAUUACAGGAUAUUGCUGCAGAAACCUGUUCAAUGACUUACAGAGCCCCUGAACUCUUCCAUGUGGAAUCAUAUUGUAUUAUCGAUCAAAGAACUGAUAUUUGGAGUUUGGGGUGUGUUUUGUACGCCAUGUUGUAUUUUAAAUCCCCUUACGAUGUUGUAUAUGAAAGGGGCGACUCUGUAAACCUAGCGGUCAUUUCUGGUACUGUACAUUUUCCAGAAGAAACCCCUUACAAUGAAGAUAUACAUGAUCUAAUAAAAUUAAUGUUAAAAGUAAGUCCAUCCGAAAGGCCUUUCAUAGAUAAAAUUUUAGAAAGAACUGAGGAAUUGAAAAAUAAAUAUGACAACGUUGUAUAAUUUUUUUUAUAAUUGUAAAUAUAAUUUAACGCAUUUAUUAAGGUUAUUUUGCAUUUUUUAUGUCGAAAUAAUAAAUUUUAUCACUGCUUCUAUUUUUUUAUUUCAAAGGAAAAACAAAUAUGUAAAAUAAUUAUUUU